AUGGACAUAGGCACGGAUCAAGAGAGAGACUUGAACACAGGCAUGACUCUCGAUCUCGGCAUAGGAGACAUCACCGUGAAGACCGCCACCGACCACGGAAACCUGCUCACGAGCGGUCUCACUCUCGAAGGCGUGAACAUGAUCCACAAGACAAAAGUAAAAAAGCAGUGCCACCGCACCCAUCCCGUCAUCGUCAUCGUCGUCAUACCUCAGAAGACCGUCCAAAGCACCGUCAUCGUCACCAACGCCAAUCUCAUGGGCACCCCUCAGACCCACAAGCUGGCCGAGUAG